AUGUUGAAGAGCAAACUGAAAUUAUCUUAUAUAUUAUUGCAAAAUAUUACAAAAGUACUAUUUUCUGAGAAGUCUCUAACCAUGAAGACAAAGUAUUCUCCAGGAGAAGAUGAUCCAAUAAUUGGCUUCUGCAAUGCAACGUCUGAGUCUAGAGAAUCAGCACUCUUCUUCCUCGAAGGAUUCAACUGGGAUCUCGAUAACGCAGUCUCUAGUUUCCUCCAAGGUCAGCUUCCUCCUGUCAAAAAGCAGCCGUUGAAGCGAUCUCGAUCACGAUCUCCCUCAAGGUGGAUAGACUCAUCUGUCUGA